AAUGAGGCACUAAAUGGAGGAGGAACAUUAUUUGUAAACAAACAUCCUAACCUUAAAGUAAGAGUUGUUCAUGGAAAUACACUAACAGCAGCUGUUAUACUAAAAGAAAUUCCAGAGAAUGUAACUGAGGCUUUCUUAUCUGGAGCCACCUCUAAACUUGGAAGAGUUAUUGCUCUUUACCUUUGUAGAAGACAAGUUCGUGUUCUUAUGCUAACAUCAUCAACUGAAAGAUUUCAAAAGAUACAAAAGGAAGCUCCUGCUGAAUACCAGAAAUACUUAGUCCAGGUCACCAAGUAUGAAGCUGCCAGAAAUUGCAAGACAUGGAUAGUUGGAAAAUGGAUAACACCAAGAGAGCAGAGUUAUGCACCAAAAGGAACUCAUUUCCAUCAAUUUGUAGUUCCUCCAAUUUUGUCCUUUAGAAGAGAUUGUACAUAUGGUGAUCUUGCUGCUAUGAGAUUACCUGAAGAUGUUCAAGGACUUGGAUCUUGUGAGUAUACAAUGGAGAGAGGGGUAGUCCAUGCAUGCCAUGCAGGAGGAGUGGUGCAUUCAUUAGAAGGAUGGACACACCAUGAAGUUGGAGCUAUUGAUGUAGACAGAAUUGACUUAGUUUGGGCAGCUGCUAUGAAACAUGGUCUAAAGCCAGUGUCAAGUCUCAAAAAGACAGAUUAAUUUAUUUAAUAUCACUUAAGUUCUCAAAUUAAUUAUUACCAUUUGUGAACUCAUGAAAAAUCCCCAAUAUUUAAAAAAAAUAGAUUCUUGGAAUUCUCUCUUACAAUGAGAAAGAGAGAGGAAAAUGGGGUUGGCUUAGAAUUCACUAAGUGAUUCAAUUGAACAAGAAAAUUUAUGAUUUAUAAAUGCAUAUAUAUUGUUAUGUUCCAAUGACUAUGUACAUCAGAUACUAAAUUCUUGAAUUCCAAUUUUUUGCCAUA